CUGCUUGUCGAAUACAAUCUUUUCCUAGAUGCCUACAUUCUGCAAUACUUGGAACAUCAAGUGACAAUGGGAGAAGACACAUUCCCAUCUCAAGCAUUGGAGGGAGAGGAAGUUUCUAUGAAUGAGUACACCAACCAGGCCUUUGAGGCUGAUGAAAUCCCCAAAGAGGAUGAAAAUAAGGACACCCCACCUGAGGAACCUACCCCCAAACGGGGACUGUUUAGGAAGAAAAAGAAACAGGAGGAACCUGCUAAAGCAGUUGGAUUUUUCCAGCUGUUCCGGUAUGCCACAUGCCUGGAGGUCUUCAUGAUGGUCGUGGGACUGCUCUGUGCUGCUGCACACGGUGUUGCUUUGCCACUGAUGUGUGUGGUUUUUGGGCAGAUGACAGACAGCUUUGUCGCAAGUGGACAGCAGUUAAAUAUUACAGGUAAUCUCACCUCAGCAAACUCUGCAGAAUGUGUUCCUAUUCCUGGAGUAGAUAUCCAAGCUAUGAUGACCCAGCAUGCCUAUUACUUUGUGGGAAUUGGAGCAGCAGUACUAGUUCUCGCAACCUUCCAGGUCAUGAUGUUUUUCUUGACAGCCACCAAACAGACCAAAAGAAUUCGUGAAAAAUACUUCCAUGCAAUUCUCCACCAGCAAAUGGAAUGGUUUGACACACAUCAGAUUGGAGUGCUGAUAACUAGGCUGACAGAUGACAUCAAUACAAUUAAUGAUGGACUCGGGGACAAGAUCUGCAUUUUUACCCAGUUCUUCUGCACCUUUAUUACGGGAUUCGUCAUUGGCUUUGUCAAAGGCUGGAAACUGACGCUUGUUAUCCUUUCAGUCAGCCCUCUCCUUGCAGGGUCUGCUGCAGUUUGGUCUAAGGUUCUUGCUGCACUAACCAGUAAGGAGCUUACAGCAUAUGCCAAAGCAGGAGCAGUAGCUGAGGAAAUCCUUGUGGCCAUCAGGACAGUUGUGGCUUUCAAUGGACAGAAAAAAGCUGUAGAGAAAUACAAGAUUAAUUUGGAAGAAGCUAAACGGUUUGGUGUGAAAAAAUCCGUCACAACCAACGUGUCAAUGGGUUUUACUCAGUUUGUCAUAUUCGGAACAUAUGCUCUGGCAUUUUGGUACGGAACAAAGCUUUCUGUAGAUGAACCAGAAAACUACUCCAUCGGACGGGUAAUCACGGUAUUCUUCUGUGUGAUGAUUGGUGCAUUCUCCUUGGGUCAAGGAGCUCCAAACUUGGAGAGUGUAGCCAAGGCUCGGGGGGCAGCUUAUGAAAUCUUCAACACCAUUGACAUGCCUCGUCCAAUUGACAGUAGUUCAACGGAAGGCUACAAGCCUGAUUCUGUGAAAGGAGAUAUUGAAUUCAAGAAUGUGCAUUUCAGUUACCCUUCCAGAAAGGAAAUAAAAAUCCUCAAGGGUGUAAAUCUGAUGAUCCCUAACGGAAAGACCAUUGCUUUGGUUGGAGCCAGUGGUUGUGGAAAAAGCACAACCAUUCAACUUCUGCAGCGCUUCUAUGACCCAGAUGCAGGAGAGAUCACCUUGGAUGGCCAUGACAUCCGCACGCUCAACGUGAAGUGGUUGAGAGAGCACAUCGGCAUUGUCAGCCAAGAGCCCAUACUGUUCGGCACAACAAUUGCGGAAAACAUCCGCUACGGCAGGGAGGAUGCCACCGAUGAGGACAUUGAGCGUGCUGUGAGGGAGGCCAAUGCCUACGAGUUCAUAUCCAGACUCCCUGAUAAGCUGAACACGAUGGUGGGGGAGCGCGGAGCCCAGCUUAGUGGAGGGCAGAAACAGCGGAUUGCUAUCGCCAGGGCUCUGGUGAAGAAUCCCAAAAUCCUCCUGCUGGAUGAGGCCACCUCUGCUCUGGACACUCAGAGUGAGUCCAUUGUGCAGGCUGCCCUGGACAAGGCACGCGCUGGCCGGACUACAAUUGUGAUAGCUCACCGUCUGUCAACGAUCAGGACAGCUGAUGUGAUUGCUGGCUUCAGUAAUGGAGUUGUGACUGAACAAGGAACCCACAGUGAACUCAUGGCCUUGAAGGGGAUCUACUACUCACUAGUCAUGCAGCAAACAUCAGGUAAACUGGAAGAUAUUCAAGAACUGAGUGACGGCAGCUCCAGUGAGGCCUCGGAAGGCUCCGAGGAAAGUGAGUCUGAGGUGGAGCAGAACCAGAACACAGAAGGACUCAGUGGGUUCCAGAGGAGCUCUUUCAGGCGUAGCCGCAGCAUCCGCCGAAGGUCCUCCAGAAGGAAGAAGAAAGUCAAGAAGUCUGCAGAUAUGAAUGAAGAACAAUUGCCAGAUGUGUCCUUCUCAAAAAUCCUGGCUUUGAACAAACCAGAAUGGCCGUAUUUGGUGGUUGGAACGAUCGCUAGUAUCAUUGGUGGAGCAGUCUACCCCUGCGUUGCCAUCAUCUUUGCAAAAAUCAUUGGUGUCUUUGCUGAAGUGGAUCCGGAGGUGAAGAGGCAGAAAACCUUGAUGUUUUCAUUGCUUUUCCUUCUCAUCGGAGUAGUCGCAUUUGUGACCUACUUUCUGCAGGGUUAUAUGUUUGGUAAAUCUGGAGAGAUUCUUACAAUGAGAUUGCGAUCCCAGUCUUUCCAAGCCAUACUGAGGCAGGACAUUGGCUGGUUUGAUGACAGCAACAAUGCUGUAGGAGUUUUAACAACAAAACUGGCCACGGAUGCAUCACUGGUCAAAGGGGCUACGGGAUCCAGACUUGGCCUGAGCGCAAACUCAAUAUGUGCACUCCUUAUUGCCAUUAUUGUGGCCUUCUGCUUCUGCUGGCAGCUCACACUCCUCAUCCUUGCUUGCGUACCUUUUCUUACUAUGGCCAACUAUAUCAAGGUGAAGUCCACUGCUGGGCACGCGUCACAGGACCAGAAUGCUCUGGAACUUUCUGGAAAGAUAUCCACGGAGACGGUUGAAAACUUCCGAACAGUCGUGGCCUUAACAAGAGAAGAUAUAUUUUUCCACAAGUUUACAGAUAGCUUGAGCGAACCAUAUAGGUCUGCCCUAUGUAAGGCACCCAUCUAUGGACUGACUUAUUCCUUUUCUCAAGCCAUCCCAUACUUUGUCAACGCUGCCAUUUUCCGAUUUGGCGCUUGGCUCAUAGCAUACUGUUACACCCAGUUUGAAAAUGUUUUCCUAGUGUUCUCCGUGAUUAUCUUUGCUGCUAUGAGCAUUGGACAGUCCUCAUCCUUUGCCCCAGAUUUUGCCAAAGCAAAAACAUCUGCUCAGAGAAUACUAGCCCUCCUAGAGAAGAAACCAGAGAUCGACAUCUGCAGCGAGAAAGGAGAGAAGCCAUCAAACUGUUCAGGAAACAUUGAGUUCCGCGACGUCCACUUUGCAUACCCGACCAGGAAGAACGUAAGCGUCCUGCAGGGUCUGAAUGUAUCUGUGAGCCCGGGCCAGACACUGGCGCUGGUUGGGGGCAGCGGUUGCGGGAAGAGCACAACCAUCCAGCUGUUGGAGCGUUUCUACGAUGCAGCUACUGGACAUGUGUACGUGGACGGACAUGAAGCGGAGGGCCUGAAUUUAGCCUGGCUCCGCUCCCAACUUGGCCUAGUGUCCCAGGAACCCAUUCUUUUCGACUGCUCCAUUGCUGAGAACAUCCAGUAUGGCGAUACCAGCCGUGAGAUCUCCCAGCACGAGAUUGAGGAAGCUGCUAAGAAUGCCAAUAUCCAUAACUUUAUCUUGGGUCUCCCAGAGAAAUACAACACCAGAGUAGGGGACAAGGGCACCCAGCUGUCUGGAGGGCAGAAGCAGAGGAUUGCCAUCGCACGGGCGCUGGUGCGCAAGCCCAGAGUGCUGCUGCUGGACGAGGCCACCUCUGCACUGGACACAGAGAGCGAGAAGAUUGUGCAGCAAGCCCUCGAUGAGGCACGAGUCGGCCGCACCAGCAUUGUCAUCGCCCACCGGCUGUCCACAAUCCGGAAUGCCGACAUUAUAGCAGUCAUCCAGCAUGGGAAGGUGAUUGAGCAAGGCACCCACAACGAACUGAUGGCUAAGCAGGGUGCCUAUUAUGCCCUGGUCAAUGCACAGGUGUCUCACUAAAGGAAAGUCUCAAUCCUAUUGAGGUGUUCCAGGAGAAACUACAAUAUUACACCUAUAUUUGCCUUGUGUUACUAUGCAGUUCCUACUGAUGUAAGCUGUUACAAUAAAUAGUGCACUUUGUUUAGUAAUGCUACCUCCUGCUUCGAACUUUUUACUGUGGGUUACAUAGAACCCUGAUAUUUAGUGCUUAAUGCAUCUUCUAGCAGUAACCUGUUUAAAUCUGGUUUGGGAUUAGUAACGUGAGCAAGGACUACAGUGACCUGAAUGCACUCAGCCACAGGACUGUUUCAUAGUACUGGGUACAGCUCCACAGUUUAAGUACAGGUUUUUUUUAAUAGCUUUUAUAAACUUUUAUUUUUCCCUCCAUUGUGCAUAACAUUUACAGCAAAAGGUCUAAACUUUGUAUGCAUUUUAUUUGUCUAUAAUUUUUAUUUCUUGAUUUUUAGCAAUGCCAUUGUCCUGUGGAUAAGUAACCCAUGUAUUUACACUCAACCAUUGCAUGUAAUAUGAGCCUUUCGAGCAAGAGAGCAAUGGGGCUCAACACCAGCCCCUCUUUCUCCCCCCCAUAACAAAAAGAGCAAUCCAUGACGGUCAACAUUGUAGAUGUUACUUGCGGUACACUUAUACAUUGGAAUUUUGAUGUAAGUUAUAGAUUACAACUGUACACUUGUCACAUGUACACACCUGUACCUGCUGUAUUUUCACCCUUUUACUGUAUAAGUAAAUUCUUUAACUUGUGAACCUUAACUUUAUGACUAAAACUAAAUGUUACAGUAUGUUUAAACCUUAUAGGACUCGAAGUAUUGCAGUAUUUAGAUAUUUGUCUUGUUUUUAAUAAAUCUGGAAUGAUCCAGAUUCACUCUUCUUGAGCAGGUAUAAAGAUCCUGGAUUUUCCUGAGCUGCAAAUAAUACUUUCAGGUUUCUUUUAUCUGUAACGUUUCAAGAUGCUGCCGACUGCUUAAUAAUUUUUUUUUUUUUUUUAUAUUUUAUAUGCAUAUGAUCUUUCUCCAUGUUUCUUAUUCCUGCAAAACCAUUUUUGUGUAUGCUGGUAUUUGUGCCAAUAAGCUAAACUAUAAUGUUUCCUAGUUUUCUGUAAAGUGAAUGUUGCCUUGUACAAUUAGAAUUCACAGUAUGAGAAUGUUAUCC